AUGGACGGGCGCCGGUGCGCGGCCCUGGCGCUGCUGGCCGCCUGCUGCCUGUGCCCCGCCGGCGGCGGCGCCGAGCGGCAGUUCCUCAACGAGUGGGCGGCGGAGAUCCCGGCCGGACCCGACGCCGCCAAGGCCAUCGCCCAGGAACUGGACUACGACCUCGUGGGGCAGAUUGGAUCACUCAAAAAUCACUACCUAUUCAGACAUAAAAGCCAUCCAAGACGGUCCCGAAGAAGUGCCAUUCAUAUCACUAAAAGACUUUCUGAUGAUGAGCGGGUGUCGUGGGCAGAGCAGCAGUACGAAAAGAAGCGAACUAAGCGUGCCGCCGUGGGACAGACAGCAGAAAACCUUUUCAACGAUCCCAUGUGGAAUCAGCAGUGGUAUCUGCAAGAUACACGAAUAACUCCAUCCCUGCCCAAACUGGAUCUCCAUGUUAUUCCUGUGUGGCAAAAAGGGAUUACAGGCAAGGGUGUUGUCAUCACGGUACUGGACGAUGGCUUGGAGUGGAAUCACACUGACAUCUUCAAUAACUAUGACCCACAGGCAAGUUAUGAUUUCAAUGACAACGAUCAUGAUCCCUUUCCUAGAUAUGACCCAACAAACGAAAACAAGCAUGGGACACGGUGUGCAGGGGAGAUUGCCAUGCAAGCCAACAACAGAAAAUGCGGCGUUGGAGUAGCCUACAAUUCCAAAGUCGGAGGUAUACGCAUGCUGGAUGGCAUAGUGACCGACGCUAUCGAAGCCAGCUCCAUCGGCUUCAACCCCGAGCACGUGGAUAUUUACAGCGCGAGCUGGGGCCCCAACGACGAUGGUAAAACUGUGGAGGGACCCGGGAGACUGGCACAGAAGGCUUUUGAGUAUGGCAUAAAACAGGGCCGGAAUGGGAAAGGCUCCAUUUUCGUGUGGGCUUCUGGGAACGGAGGCCGUCAGGGUGACAACUGUGACUGUGACGGUUACACCGACAGCAUCUACACUAUCUCCAUUAGCAGUGCUUCGCAGCAAGGCCUUUCUCCCUGGUAUGCAGAGAAGUGCUCUUCAACUCUGGCCACAGCAUACAGCAGUGGGGAUUAUACUGACCAAAGAAUUACAAGUGCUGAUCUUCACAACGAAUGUACCGAGACUCACACUGGGACCUCUGCGUCCGCACCGCUGGCAGCAGGAAUUUUUGCUCUAGCCCUGGAAGCAAACCCAAAUCUAACCUGGAGGGAUAUGCAGCACUUGGUGGUGUGGACUUCAGAGUAUGAUCCACUGGCUGGAAAUCCAGGAUGGAAAAAGAACGGAGCGGGUCUGAUGGUCAACAGCCGAUUUGGGUUCGGGCUACUCAAUGCCAACGCGUUGGUAGAUUUAGCUGAUCCCAAAAGAUGGAAAGGUGUGCCAGAAAAAAGGGAGUGUAUUGUCAAAGACAAAAGCUUUGAACCAAGAUUAUUAAGAGCAAAUGAGGAAGUCAUCAUUGAAAUUCCCACAAAAGCCUGUGAGGGCCAAGAAAACACCAUCACAUCUCUGGAGCACGUGCAGCUCGAGGCAACCAUUGAGUACUCCCGCAGGGGUGACCUCCACGUCACGCUGGUUUCUCCAUCAGGCACCAGCACUGUCCUGCUGGCUGAGAGAGAGAGGGACAAGUCUCCCAAUGGCUUCAAGAACUGGGACUUCAUGUCUGUCCACACGUGGGGAGAAAAUCCAACAGGCACCUGGGUUUUGAGAAUUACUGAUGUGUCCAGACGAAUACAAAACGAAGGCAGGAUUGUCAACUGGAAAUUGAUUUUGCAUGGGACUGAGACCCAGCCUGAGCACAUGAAGCAGCCCCGUGUUUACACAUCCUACAACACCGUGCAAAACGACCGAAGAGGAGUGGAGAAGAUGACGGACUUCGUAGAGGACCACACCACCCAGGAGAACCUGAGUGAAAAACCCAAAGUGGCAGAAGACAGCAGCAGCAUCAGUGACAAAGCAGAAGAUAAAACGCCAUCAGAGGCCAUGCUGCACCUGCUGCGGAGUGCGUUCAGCAGGCAGAUGGCUCAGAAGCGGCUGCCCAAGAAGUCUGCAAGUGAGAAGUCAAAUAUUCCCUACGAACACUUCUAUCAAGCCCUCGAAAAGCUAAACCAGCCCUCCCAGUUAAGGGACUCAGAAGAAAGUCUGUACGGUGACUACGUUGACCUUUUUUACAACGCCAAACCAUACAAGCAUAGAGAUGAUAGACUGCUGCAAGCCUUGGUUGAUAUUAUAAAUGAAGGAAACUAGACUGUAGGGUAUGGCACUGAGUUGGAAAUAUUCAUUCUUCCUGCCCCACCUGUAGUUUUUUUUCAGAAUUCUGCUGUACGCUCUAGUUGUGUGAUUGCUGCUUUGAUUGCUUCAUAUUUAAUACAAAUACCAAGGAAGGGAAGAAAAGUGGGUGUGGGAGGAUAAGGCAGUAAACUGAUGCUUUUUAGUAAUAGCUUUUUCCGAAGCCUUUCUUCAUUAUCAUCAGAGUAGAUUUGCCCCCUCAGGCAUGAAAGGCAAUAGUAUUCCCCUGAAAACCCUAAUGCUCUAUUUUAAACAAUUUUCACGUUACUUAUUCUUCCACCCCAUUCACUUAGCAUGCAGUAGGAUUCAAAACCCAAAUUGCCCAGCUGUUUUGAACCGAACUGCCAAAGCUGUGGGGAGGUACUCUCAUUCCUGGAUUUGUAAUGAAUAUUGCAGUCUGUCUUACAUUUGGCAUUUACUCCAGAUCUAUCACUUGCAGCCAGUACUGCUUCCAUCACAGGUUUUGGGUUCCUUCUCCACACAACAAUGCUCCCUUUGCCCUCUGUUCUCCCACAAAGGAGAGUCUGUUUGUAUUGACUCUGUGAGCUUUGGAGGACCAACCUCCUACCUACAGAGUCUCAGAUAAAUUUCUAAAGUUAAAUAAUAUAAUGCCUUCUGAGAUGCCCACGUCUGCAGGACAGCAGAGCUGAGAUCCCCUUGUCCUUUCCUUGAGCUGUGACCAAAGUGGAGCAGAAAGGAUAACUGCACCAGCAAAGUCCACCUCAAGACUGGAUGCUGGAGUGCCUGUGGUAGAUUGCAAGGUUUCCCAAAUAUCUAGGAAGUUAAGGCAAAAUGGAGGGGGAGAGGUGUGAGAUAAAGAAAAAUGGCCCAAGAAGGGGCUCGGAAACGAAGGGGGAGAGCACAUGGGAUGUGGAGAAGGGAGAUGAAUAGAAGGAAGGAGAAGGUGGAAGAGGAGGACGGAGGUGUCUGUCAGAAGGCAGGAAGGGCCAGCAGCUCCCUCACAUCAGCAGUGUACUAGACACAUAGUUUUCCACACAUACCUCUGUGAGAGUCAGGUGAAUUAACAUAAUAUUUUGCUUUUCAUAAUUUAUAAAAAAAAAAAAAAAACAAACAAUGCAGUGUUGGAUGCUCAGAAAUUUUAGGGGAUCUAGAACAAGGAAAUGAAGAUUCCCAGGGGAUACUUACCGCACUGCAGUGAAGUGCUAAAGAUAAUUCAAACAAGUGCUGACUGGUUUUUACUUUUCUUCUGCUCUCAUCUACUAUUGAAAUGUGUUUUUCAGACAUUAUAGAAAUAUUUGAUUGUCCUUCGCUGUCUAUUACUUAAAGUGAUGCAAGUGUCUGGGAGACAGGAGUUUAGCAUUUUGCUCAUAAUUCAUCAGUUCAGAUAAGAGAUUUUUCAAACUUCACACCAAAUCCUGUAGUUUAACGGUAAAUCUAUUUACUGUAAUGGUACUUAAGUCUUCUACGGGAAAAGGGACUGCUCUAAAGACAACUCUGAAAACUGUCUAAAAAACUUAAGAUUUAUAAUCUCCGCUUGUUCAUUCUUUGUGAUGGUUUCGUGCCUAUCUUGGGCUUAGUCUGCUUUUUUGCUAGCUUUAGAUAGAGUUAGCUUAGUUGAUUCGAAGAAUUCUUCUGUAUUUCUGGUCCAUGCUUUGAAGAUAACAGCUCCACCAUGGAAUGUCUCUUGUACUGAAUCGCUCCCUCUCUACUAAGAAAUUUGCUUGGAAUGAGAAGUCAUUAAAAAACCCCCGUGAGUGGUCCAAAGCAGAAAGCUUUCUUGUGCUGUCCCGUCAACGCACAAGCUUUCUGGCAAUACUGAACAAGCAAAACAUAAAAUUUUCUAAUUGCUGCUAUUGAGAGCUCUAACGUGUUUCCACCAAUGUUUAAUUUUCAGAAGUGGGAGUUAAUCUCCACCAUAAAUGCUCCCAUCUGGUGAGGUGGGACCACUCACAGUCCUGUGCAGUGGAGCUGGUUCCCUCAGAUAACAGCGGCUGUAGCCAGUGCUCGUUCAGGUGUGUCACAGCAAGGAAAGUUCUAGCAACACUCAGUCAGCCCUUGAAAGAAGUUUUCAGGUUAAACGGGUGGAAAAACUUAGGACCCUCCUUCGUUUUAAGACCAGUUCCCACGUUGUAGCCAAAGUUUCGUCAGAGGACAAGUUUAAAAAAUCUCUCUUUUGAAUGUUUCCAACCCAGAGUAGAUUGUAGAGGACUAAAUUAUUUUUAUUGUUAGUCUUUCCUUGGUGCCUGUGUGGGUUUUGUGAAAAAUGUAAAAGGAAAAAAAAAAAAAAAAAGUUUUCUCUCAGAAUUUUAAAUUAUAUUUUCGUUACAGGUAUUUAUAAUAUAGCAAAGAUUUUAUUGAACAGACAGAAUUUUAAAAGGCAUAAUAAAUUAUAUUGAAGAACCCGAUUUUUUCUUGGAAAAGAGACAAUUUCAUCCAAUAAAGGUAUUUUUUAAAAGGCAUGUUCCAACAGCAACUGCAACAUGUAUGUGAUGUGAUGUUAAAACUUGUCUACUAGUAGCAUAAUACAGUGUGUUAGCAGA